CGGUUUGACGUUUGACAUGUCGACGUUAUUGCUGGCGUGAAUUGUUUGAGAUAAUUUUUUGAAAUAAAAAGAACUGUAAAUACUUGCAAAAACGUGAAGAAAUGUUGACAAAAUUUGAGACUAAGUCCGCUCGGGUGAAGGGCAUAUCUUUUCAUUCCAAACGGCCAUGGGUCCUUGCCAGUUUACACAACGGUGUGAUUCAGCUAUGGGACUAUCGAAUGUGUACACUCUUGGAGAAAUUUGAUGAACAUGACGGCCCCGUGCGUGGCAUUUGCUUCCACAUACAGCAGCCCUUAUUCGUAUCUGGAGGAGAUGAUUACAAGAUCAAGGUAUGGAAUUACAAUCAAAGAAGAUGUCUCUUCACUUUACUUGGCCACUUAGAUUAUAUCCGGACAACAUUCUUCCAUCAUGAGUAUCCUUGGAUCUUGAGUGCUUCAGAUGAUCAGACUAUAAGAAUAUGGAACUGGCAAUCACGUCAAUGCAUAAGUGUACUCACCGGGCACAACCAUUAUGUUAUGUGCGCACAAUUCCACCCUAACGAAGACCUAUUGGUGUCCGCUUCACUAGACCAAUCUGUGCGAGUCUGGGACUUCUCCGGACUCAGGAAGAAGAGUGUAGCUCCCGGGCCUACAGGAUUAGCGGAACAUUUGAGGAAUCCACAGGCAACAGAUUUGUUUGGGCAGGUAAUAGAUGCGGAUGCAGUAGUGAAACAUGUGCUAGAGGGUCAUGAUCGGGGUGUCAACUGGGCGGCCUUCCAUCCAUCGCUGCCACUGAUUGUGUCUGCAGCUGAUGACCGACAAGUCAAGUUCUGGCGCAUGAAUGACGCAAAGGCUUGGGAAGUGGACACUUGCCGUGGGCACUACAACAACGUGUCCUGUGUGCUGUUCCACGCGAAGCACGAGCUGAUCCUCUCCAAUAGUGAGGACAAGUCAAUCCGCGUAUGGGACAUGACUAAGCGGACAUGUCUUCAUACAUUCCGCAGGGAACAUGAUCGAUAUUGGGUGCUAGCCGCUCACCCAUCUCUGAACCUGUUCGCGGCGGGACACGACGCCGGUAUGAUAUUGUUCAAGUUGCAACGUGAACGUCCAGCAUAUGCUGUCUACAAUAACAUAUUGUUCUAUAUCAAAGAUAGACAAUUACGUAAACUGGACAUGCAGACAAAUAGAGACGCGCCCGUUAUGCAGAUAAAAGGUGGAGGACGUAACCAACCGUAUAGCAUGUCACUGAACCAUGCGGAGUGGUGUGUGUUGGUGAGCUGGCGUGUGGGAGACAACCACUCGUAUGAGCUGUACGCAAUACCUCGCGACGGCUCAGAUGCUCCCUCCAUUGAGCCGGCGCGAGGACAGGCCACCUCCGCUGUAUGGGUCGCCAGGAACAGGUUCGCAGCACUGGAGAAGAACAACCAGUUGGUGAUAAAGAACUUGAAGAACGAAGUAUCGAAGAAGAUAGCGACUCCGACAUGCGAAGAGAUCAUGUACGCGGGCACCGGCAUGCUGCUGCUGCGUGAACCUGACUCCCUGCAGCUUCUAGAUGUGCAGCAAAAACGAACCGUAGCAUCGGUGAAAGUGAGCAAAUGUCGGUACGCUGUAUGGAACUCUGACAUGUCGGUGGUGGCACUCCUGGGCAAGCACACUGUGACACUGUGUACAAGACGUAUGCAGCAACUGUGUUCAGUGACAGAAGGCGCUCGUGUCAAAUCAGGCGCAUUUGAUGACUCCGCCCCACAGCCUGUCUUUAUUUAUACUACGGCUAAUCAUAUUAAGUACUGCUGUAAGGAUGGUGACUACGGUAUAAUCCGCACGCUGGAUGUGCCGGUGUACAUAGUGAAGGUGAUUGCGGGCGAGUCUGGUGCCCGCGUUGUCUGUCUCGACCGUGAGUGUCGCCCGAAGGUGCUCAGCAUCGACCCCACAGAGUACAGGUUCAAGUUGGCGCUGAUAACGCAGCAGUACGACCAGGUGCUGCAUAUGGUGCGCACAGCUAAGCUCGUCGGACAGAGCAUUAUCGCAUAUCUACAGGAUAAGGGUUACCCCGAGGUGGCGCUGCACUUUGUGAAGGAGCCGCGCACUCGCUUGGCUCUGGCGCUGCAGUGCGGGAACAUUGAGGUGGCGCUGGAGGCUGCAAAGAGCCUCGAUGAGCCAGACGCCUGGGACCAGCUCGCUAAAGCUGCCCUCAAUAUUGGAAACCACCAGAUCGUAGAGAUGUGUUACCAGCGUACAAAGAACUUCGACAAGUUGACAUUCCUGUAUCUAGUUACUGGUAACAUUGAGAAGUUAUGCAAGAUGAUGAAGAUAGCUGAGAUACGUAAAGAUGCGUCAGCGCAGUUCCAGUGCGCCAUGCUGCUGGGUGAUGUGCAGGAGAGGAUCCGACUCCUCAAGGCUUCCGGGCAGACGACGCUGGCAUACCUGACUGCGGUGAACCACGGCCAGGUGGAGGAGGCGGAGCUGCUGAAGGCGGCGCUGGAGGCGGCCGGCAUGGCGGUGCCUGAACGUAACCCUGACGCGCAGUACAUCUGCCCCCCACUGCCUGUGGUGGAGGACCAGCCCAACUGGCCGCUGCUGGCUGGAUCUAAGAGCGUGUUUGAGACUGGCGGUGAUGGUGAUGUGGUGGCUGCGGAGGUUGGUGAUGAGCCGCUAGAGGCCGCUGGCGCUUGGGGUGAUGAUGAUGAAGAUAUAUUGCUCGAUACCAAGACGGAGGGUGAGGGUGAAGGUGAGGGUGAGGAGGUGAUGGAGGAUGCUUGUGACGACGGAGGCUGGGACGUGGGCGAUGAUGAUCUUGAAUUACCGGAGGUGCUCGCUCCCGUCUCCGCUGAUAUAGACGGUGGUGGUGAGGAGUCUGCGUACUUUGCAGCACCGAGCCGAGGUCCAGCUGUGGCAUUGGCGAAGCUGCGCACUGCACAUGAUCACAUCACUCUUGGACAAUUUGAAGUCGCUUUCAGGUUGUUGAACGAACAAGUGGGAGUGGUGAACUUCGAGCCGUACAGCGAAGUGUUCGUGCGCAUGUUCGCGAGCGGACGUGCGAUGUUCGGUGCUCUGCCAUGUCUGCCGCCGCUACACGCACAUCUACAUCGUAACUGGAAGGAGGCCAGUGGAGCUGAUCUGUUGCCUGUCAUCACGAUGAAGUUGAACGAUCUAGUAUCUCAGCUGCAGCAGUGUUACCAGCUGACGACUGCGGGCAAGUUCGCGGAGGCGACGGACCGACUGCGCGACAUCGCACAGGCGGUGCCGCUGCUGCUCGUGCCUGGGAAACAGGAGCUGGCUGAAGCGCAGCAGCUGCUCGCCAUCUGCAGGGAAUACCUGCUGGGACUGCAGAUGGAGACCGCCAGGAAAGCGAUGACGAAGUCAACAAUAGAAGAACAGAAGCGUACUUGUGAGAUGGCGGCGUACUUCACACACUGCAAGCUGCAGCCGGUACAUCAGAUCCUCACUCUGCGUACAGCACUCAAUAUGUUCUUCAAGUUGAAGAACUUCAGAACCGCCGCAUCGUUUGCUAGACGACUUCUAGAACUAGGACCACGUCCAGAAGUAGCGCAGCAGGCGAGGAAGAUCCUCCAAGCUUGCGAGAUGACACCGAAUGAUGAACACCAGUUGUUAUACGAUGAACAUAAUCCGUUCACAAUUUGUGGUAUCUCAUACAAACCCAUAUAUAGAGGGAAACCGGAGGAGAAAUGUCCUUUAUGUGGAGCUAGUUUCUUCCCUGAACAUAAAGGUAAAUUAUGUACCAUCUGUGGAGUUGCAGAAAUUGGUAAAGAUGUCAUAGGAUUGAGAAUCUGUCCCAUACAGUUUCAGAGAUAAUUAUGUUUAAUUUAUAUAUCAUUUUUCAUAUAACUUAUCGUGUAAGAAAUUAUAGAAUAAAAUAUUAUUGUAUGCCAUUUUGUUUUUUUUUGUGCAUGUAUGGAUGGAGUAAAUUGAUUAUGGAUGA